GACAACUCCGCCCACCCAUGGAUGGGAUGGAUGGGGCGACCAUGCCCGAAACCCUAGCCCCUCACCCACACAUGGAUGGGGAUGGGAUUGGGGCGACGACGCCGCCGGAUCCGCACCUGCACCCACCUGCAGCUCCAUGGACCCUCCCCGGCCGCAACGGGAUCCGCCCCCUUCUCUUCUCUCGGUGGGGCGCGGCACACCGGGAGCUUUCUGCGGUGGCCGUCGACGCCAGCAGCAUCUCCGACGGGCUGCACGACCUCGUCAUAGCCCAAGAUCCAACCUCUUCUGCCUUCGACCGACCACGGCUAUGGCAACCAGAAGGCUACGUACGACGUGCUGGAUGAGGAGGUUGACAACCUUGACGCCGCCGCACAAGACGACCAUGUCCAUGUCGCCGCCGGAGGAUGCCUGCCGGGACGGCCAGUUCCAGGUCGUGCCGAGGGCCCAGGCGCUGCUGGACGCGGUGCCGCAGCCGCCGCAGCCGAUGUGGGAGAGGGGCAUCCCUGAAGCUCUGAAGUUCUCCAUGGCUCAUGGUAAAGGAGGGAACAGUUCUGAGUACUCUGCAGUUGGUGGUUAUGGCAGGGACAGAGACGGCCACCGAGCGAGCGAGGGAGGGCCCAUGGCGCUCUCCUGCAUGAGCUGCCCGUCCGUUGCCAGCGGCCCCUCCGUGCACCGGCACGCGGAGAGUCCGCCCUGGUCGUCUGUCGCCUUUUCCUUUGCCAGAUGCAUUGGGAGAUCGGCGGCCGCCGCCUCAGGGUGGCGCAUUGACGCCGUCGCCGGGAACGGAGGAUAAUGAGAUGUUGAAGCGGCAGAGUGAAUCCAUGAGACUGUAGUGCAAUUGCACCGUUCCAUUGAAUAUUACUCAGGAAUAAGGACAUUUCAAUGGCAGAUUAGCUCUAUUUUUCCUUUUCAUUUUUCUUACUAUUGGAGUGAGGACAUGUAGAAAGAGAAACGGUGUGGUAGCAGAUAUGGCAACUGUGUGAUAGU